CCGGUGAAACUCUCAACGGCAUCAUAAUGAAUAUCCUAAAAAUAGUGAUUCUGUGCCUUGGAUGUUUUGGCAGUUUGGAUUUUGCUAACAGUAAGGUUAUCAUAGAAUGUAACAAUAUAACAAGGUUUGUAAGAGAGUACACGGAAUUUCUUAAAAUAAUUCCACAGAAGAUGCUUCCGGUUGCAAGGUUCUGCUCGAAUAACACUUCUAUUGACUAUUACAUGGAAGCAACGAAGGCCUUUGAAAAGGCCGUGCACGACAGAACAUGUCAUUUCCACAUCAACCGUUUGAAUAUUAUUCAAAAAUUGUAUGAUCAAAUGAACUCAAUUUGGCAAGAGGCGCAUUGUCAGAAUUGUGUCGAUAACCUGAAUCGGACGAAUGAGUUUCACUUUUUAACAGACCAGUUGAAUGCUUGUAUUGCCACUUACCCGUUGAACCCGUGCGAUCCUUGUGCAUCCAAUUAUAGUUCGGUACAAAAUCUUUACGCAGGGUUAAAAAAAUACAGCGGAGACCAGCUCUGUUUUGAUAUCGAAGACCAAAUGAAUCUAACUCGCCAUGACUGGAGUGCCAAAUACAACUGUUGCAAGGACAAGAAACACUCGCAGCAAUACUUCAUCGUGUUUGCUUCCGUAUUUUCCUGUUUACCGGUUCUGUUUUAUGUGGCAAUGUACUGGAUCACGCUGCGCAAGGAAGCGCGCGAAGAAGUUGCCAGGGUGCCGUUGCUUGACGAUAGUCUUGGCAGUAACGUAACUGCAAAUGCGACAAUGCGAAAUUCUACCAACAUCGACGAACUAAUCGUCGACAACGGCGAAAUCUGCCACGAACGUGCGGGUCCUAGUUCGAAGCAUUCGACACACUCGGAAGAUAGUGAAUUCCAUGACAAAUGCGAAACGAAAUUGAACAAUUUGGAUUCAACGAAAUUGCGCGAGGGGAAUCUGAUUGAUGUUGAUAGUAAAGAAGGUGGUCUAGAAUCAAGCUUUGAGUAUAACAUUGACAAAAAACGAUCAUCGCCUGCUUUGGAUGAUGAUGUGAGUUUAUUAGGGGCAUCCAGUGAUAAUAAAAUAGGGGAUUUGUUGAACUAAAAACAUUUGAUAUUUGCUUUAGAAUUAAAUCGAAUUGCCAUGAAAAGGUAUAGUUGUUGUCAAGGACAGUAAAUACAAAUCAGAACUGAAUGUAAACUGAAAGUACGGAGCGUUAACAAAAACGAAAUAAUAAAAAUAAUUUUACUCAAAACCAA